ACUCACGCUACGUGCUGACGUAGUAAACCUCGCGAGACUAACGCGUCACAUAAAUCUCGCAGUGAUGGCGGCGCCCCCCGAUGCGGAGAGUUUGGAGUCUCGUAUCAACCGAGCCACAAACCCUCUGAACAGAGACGCGGACUGGAGCAGCAUCCACGCCUUCUGUGAGCAGCUCAACAAAGACCUGGAGGGACCUCAGCUGGCCACCAGGCUCCUCGCCCACAAGAUCCAGUCUCCACAGGAGUGGGAGGCCAUGCAGGCCCUGCUGGUUCUGGAGACGUGCAUGAAAAACUGCGGGAAACGGUUUCACAGCGAAGUGGGCAAAUUCCGUUUUCUCAAUGAACUCAUCAAAGUGGUUUCUCCGAAGUACCUGGGCUCACGCUCACCUGAGCCCGUAAAGACCAAGGUCCUGGAGCUGAUCUACAGCUGGACUCUGGGGUUACCUGAAGAGGCCAAGAUCUGUGACGCGUAUCACAUGUUAAAGAAACAAGGAAUUAUUAAACACGACCCGGAGCUCCCGCCUGACAAACUCCUGACUCUCCCUCCACCCAGACCCAAGAACGCCAUCUUCGAGGACGAGGAGAAGUCAAAAACGCUGUCCCGGCUGCUGAACAGCUCGCAACCCGACGACCUCAAAGCUGCAAACAAACUCAUCAAAGAAAUGGUUCAAGAGGAUCAGCGGCGAGCAGAGAAGUUGUCGAAGCGGGUGAACGCCAUCCAGGAGGUGAACGAGAGCGUCGCUCUAUUGACUCAGCUCCUGCACGACUACGACAGCAAAGCGACCAAUCAGAGCAACGGCGAGCUCGUCCAGGACGUUUACCAGCGCUGUGAGAAGAUGAGGCCCACGCUGUUCAGACUGGCGAGCGACACGGAGGACAACGACGAGGCGCUCGCGGAGAUCCUGCAGGCCAACGACAGCCUGACACACGUCAUCAACCUGUACAAGCAGCAGGUGACGGGCGAGGUCGUCAACGGCAACAACACACACAAACAAAGCGGAGGGACGGCGCUGCUCGACCUCACGGGCCUGGACACGUCACCGCAGACUCCGCCCUCUUUCCCUGAGUUUCCCACGCCAACCGACAGCCUGAACGCUGCCUCGCACGAGACGGGGAUCAGUCUGCUGGACGACGAGCUCAUGUCGCUCG